GCUGGAACAACAUGGACGACACAUGAGCUUCUUCUCCGCGGGCAGCAGCAGUGACGACCAGUGGAGGGCAGACCGGCGGGAUGACGGAGGAGAAAUGUCCUCAGCUGGUGGACUACUUCGUGGUUGCAGGUCUCGACCCUGCCGGGCCCUGGAGGCCCCUGGAUGAGGAUGGGAAGAGCUCCUCCCCCUACUCUUCCUCCUCCGCCUCCUCGUCCUCGCCGGCCCGGGCGGCGGAGCCGGUCACGGACCUGGCGGUGAUUGCCAAAGGUCUCGGGGAGGAGGUGCCGGAGGGCUUCACCUGCAUCGAGAGGACGCUGGGCGGACACUCGGCCGAGCUGAGCGCCGGACUGAUCAACAACCCGCACCUGGUCCUGUGUUACCGCCGCGGGCGAGACAAACCGCCAAUCCUGGACCUGGGGGUUCUGUACGAGGGGAAGGACCCGCUGCGGCAGGGCUGGUACGUCAUCGAGACCACGCCCUACAGCCGCUCCGCCAACCUGAGCUCCGGCGGCGCCCCGACGGCGCACCGCGUGUUCCUGAUGUACCGGCGGGCGCUGGACUCGCAGGGGCUGCACACGCUGGGCGUCACCGACAUCACGCUGCUGCUGCCCAGCAAGGGGGAGGUGGCUCCACACACCUUCUGCCGCGUGGACAAGAACCUGAACACCGGCAUGUGGGGACCGGCCCUGUACGUGUGCUAUAAGAGGGCGGUGGCCAAAGCCAACGCGCUGGUCUACGAAGCCAGUCUGAUCAGCCGCUACCCGGAGGAGGACCUGGAGGCGUUUCCUCUGCCGGAGUCGGUGCCGGUCUUCUGUUUGCCGAUGGGCGUCACGGUGGAGAGCUGGCCUCUGAACACUAAGUACCAGCUGCCCAUCUUCUCCACCUUCGUCCUCACGUCCGCCUCCGGGGACAAGGUCUACGGAGCAGCCAUCCAGUUCUACGAGUCCCUGGCCCGGGAGCUGCUGUCGGAGCGGCAGAGCGUGCGGCUCGGCCUGCUCAGCGUGGUCGACCGGCGCCCGAUCACCAGCCGCAGCCUGCAGGCCAAGAAGAGCAUCUGCGUCUUAUCCCACUGGCCCUUCUUCACCAUCUUCCAGAAGUUCCUCACCUUCAUCUACAGAUACUCCAUCUCCGGGCCGCACGUCCUGCCUCUGGAGAAACACAUCUCCAGCUUCAUGCACAACGUCCCGUUCCCUUCGCCCCAGCGGCCUCGGAUCCUCGUCCAGCUCUCUCCGUACGACAACCUGCUGCUCUGCCAGCCGGUCUCAUCUCCGCUCCCACUCAGUGGAGCCAGCUACCUGAAGCUGCUCCAGAACCUGGGGCCGGACCACGCCUGCACGCUGCUGCUCGCCGUCCUCACCGAACACAAACUGCUGGUUCACUCGCUGCGGCCCGACGUGCUCACCUCCGUCUGCGAGGCGCUGGUCUCGAUGAGCUUCCCCCUGCGCUGGCUCUGUCCCUACAUCCCUCUGUGUCCGCUGCAGAUGGCCGACGUGCUGCUGGCGCCGAUGCCCUUCAUCGUGGGCGUGCACUCCAGCUACUUCGACCUGUACGACCCCCCCACCGACGUGGUGUGUGUCGACCUGGACACCAACACCAUCUUCCAGUCGGACGAGAAGAAGCCGUUGUCGUGGCGAUCGUUACCACGGAAACACGGGAAGACUCUGUUCAACGCGCUCACCGGCCUCCACAAGACCCUGGAGAAGAUUUGCACCCCCGGCCAGGAGGAGGCGACGUUGGAGUUCCUGCUGACCGACUACGAUCAGAUCUACCGGCGUCAGAAGCAGCUGGAGCUGGAGAUCCAGGAAGUGUUCCUGCGGUUCAUGAGCUGCCUGCUGAGAGGAUACCGCUCCUUCCUGCUGCCGAUCACUCAGGCUCCGUCCGACACCACCACCGACUGCAGUUCCCUCUUCAACCUGCAGGGCUUCCUGAAGUCUCGGGACCGGACCCAGCAGAAGAUCUACCUCCAGCUGACGCGGACGCAGAUGUUCACUCAGUUCAUCGAGGAGUGCUCCUUCGUCAGUGACCGUCACGCCUGCCUGGAGUUCUUCGACGAGUGCGUCCAGAAGGUGGACGUGGAGAAGCCGGAGGAGGUGAGGCUGAUCGAUCUGGACGAGACCUACAGUGGAGAACACACGGUCUUCAUCAUGCCUCCUGAAGAGCCACAGGAACCGGACGGGUCAGAGUGUGCUGCCCUCUACAGCUACGAGACCUUCCCCACGCUGAGGCCGGAGCUGUUCGACCAGCCGCAGGACCAGCUCCGUGUCCCGGCCCGCGGCAGCGCCCCCAGUAGCCCCGCCCCCCGGCGCACCAAACAGGAGAUCAAACUGGCUCAGAAGCGAGCUCAGAAAUACUCUGCGGUGCCCGACAUGUGGUCCAAGUGUCUCCUGGGUCACUGCUACGGCCUGUGGUUCCUCUACCUGCCCACCUUCGUCCGGGCGGAGAGCGCCAAGGUCCGCGCCCUGCACACGGCCUACGACGUCCUCAAGCACAUGGAGAACCGCAAGGUGGUGGUGCCGGACGAGGUGUGUUACCGCAUCCUGAUGCAGUUGUGUGGUCAGUACGGGCAGCCGGUGCUCGCUGUCCGAGUCCUGCUGGAGAUGAAGAAGGCCGGAAUCACACCCAACACCAUCACCUACGGAUACUACAACAAGGCAGUGCUGGAGAGCAAGUGGCCGUCCACCAGCCAGGGUGGACGUCUCCGCUGGGCCAAGCUGAGGAACGUCCUCCUGGCCGUGGCUCAGUUCCGACAGCCAAUCAAACGGCGGCAGAAGAGCGGCUCGGUGGGGUCACGGGGAGAAAUGACGGUGGACGCAGACCAGAGGCCCCGCCCCCACUCCAAUCUGAUUCGUCAGUCCAGUUGGAGCGGCCUGUCGGAGAGCUCCAGUCACGAGUCUCUCACGGGUCCGAUGGUGAAGAGCAACAGUCUGAACAGCAUGAAGACCGACAAGGUCUGUAAGAAGUCCGUCCUCCAUGACGCAGGGACGGCCGGCUGCCGUGACCCCGUCUCUCGAAAACCUCCCCUGGGCCUCAGAGACCCGUCCGCCCAGCCUGCAGCGCCCCCUAGCGGUGCGGUGGUGGUGCCGCGCAGUCAGGUCUGCCUCUCCAACUUCUACAAAGAGUGCGCCGAGCCGGCCGACUCGGAGCCGGACUGCGGCUGUCGUCCUGCGGAGCGAGACGGGAGGCCUGCAGGAGUGCGUGACUCGUCCGGCAGGAAAGAAGCUGUGGAUGAGAACUACAACAACGUCUCCUCCCCGAGCCGCGGGGGUCUAGCAGGAAAACUCCAGCAGCUCCUCACGCCCACCAGACACCGCGUGUCGGUGCGCCGAGCGGCCAGCGUGGACGACCGGCGGCCGGGAGGCGGGGUCGGACGCCGCGUGUCGGAGCAGAGGCAGUCGAGGAAAGCUCAGGUGGCUGAGACGCUGCUGAAGGCCAAAGACCGGCUGGUGAACGCCACCUCAGAGAGUUCGUUGUCUGUAGGAAGUGACCUCGACUUGACGGACACGCCCACUCCAGCGUUUCCUAUACGCAGGUCCUGGGACGCCAAUCAGGAGGCGGCGGGGCUAGAGGUGCUGAUGUCCAGCUGCUCCCUGUGUCGCAGCUGUAACUCGUUGGUUUAUGACGAGGAGAUCAUGGCGGGCUGGACGUCUGACGACUCCAACCUGAACUCGGCAUGUCCGUUCUGCGGCGCCACCUUCGUCCCGUUCCUGAACGCUGAGAUCUGCGACCUCGGACCCGUCAGCAGUGCGGAGCGCAGCCACUGGAACGUGGAGGAGGAGCUGGAGAGCUCGGCGACGCCCCCCAGUGGUCAGGACUCCUCCCUGCGGCCCCAGUGUAACGGCGUGAGCGAGGAGUCGAGCUCUGAGACCAGCAGCUACUCGGAGACCAGCAGAACCACCACGGGUUCCUCAGGGGGCGGAGCUCCUCAGGUGACGGUGGCGUACCUCAGCCCGCUGGUCCUGAGGAAGGAGCUAGAGAGCCUCCUGGAGAACGAGGGCGAGGCCGUGCUCGCCCAGACGCAGUUCCUCGACAGUCACUCCAUCAUCUUCUGGAACCUGGUCUGGUACUUCCACCGCCUCGGCCUCCCGUGCAACCUGCUGCAGCUGGUCAGGGCCUCGCCGCUCGUCAGCGGCUUCACGCAGUGUGAGAGCUCUGCAGUGAGUGUGAGGCUCCUGUGGGACACGCUGACCCCCGACACAGACCAGUGGCCCCCCCUCUACAUCCUCUGGAGGAUCCACAGUGGCGCCCCGAUGAGAAGCUACAGCUGGCGGAGACACAACCACCCGUUCACCCUGGCCUUCCUGGAGGAGGUGCUGCGCUGGGUCGGUAUGAACGAGGUGCACAAAGCCGUCACGCUCUUCCUGGACACCAUGGCCAAGCAGCCGGCGUCGCCACGGAUACAGAGGAGUUUGUACCGAGAGUUCCUCUUCCUCACUCUAGCAGCUAUGGGCAAAGAUCACGUGGCGGCGUUUGAUAAGAAGUACAAGGCGGCGUGGUCGCGGCUGGGCGGGACUCUGGGCCGUGAGGAGCUGAGGAAGCAGCGAGCGCAGCCGCUCAGCCUCAAAGCCGCCGACUGCAGACGCAGCUUCCACCCGCCGCUCGAGUGCUGAACACACCUCCCUCACCUGCUUCCUUCCUGUGGUCCCCUCUGCUCUGCUGCCCCCUGGUGGACGUCAGAGGGAGGAGCUGCUCCCUCCUGUCCUCUGUCCCUCUGUGAAUCCAGCUGCUCUUUGUCUCCAGUAACGAGCAGGAGGCGGAGCUAAGCUCAACGGACGAGAGGAGCGGGCGCCACGUGCUCGUCCACAAACAUCAGCUGUUCGGUGUCAACUCGUCUUCCUCUUGUUUUAAAAAACUGAAGGAGCUCGUC